GUAGAAUCAAAACGUAGGCGAUCUACACCAGAAUUUGGCUAUUUUCAGAAUUACAGGAGCAGUAAGACGACAUGGAUAGAGAUUGGACCUGCAUUUGUUGUACAUAUGACAAAAACCCUGAUGCUGAUGAUGAAUGUUUCAUAUGCGGCACCGCACGCCAGACGCCGGGUACACCACACCAGAGUCAGAUGCAAGGCACGGCACAUCAGAGUCAGCUGCAAGGCACGGUACGCCAGAGUCAGCUGCAAAGCACGGUAUAUCAGAGUCAGCUGCAAGGAAAGGCACACCAGAGUCAGCUGCAAGGCACGGCACAUCAUAGUCAGCUGCAAGGCACGGUACACCAGAGUCAGCUGCAAGGAAAGGCACACCAGAGUCAGCUGCAAGGCACGGCACACCAGAGUCAGCUGCAAGGCACGGCACACCAGAGUAAGCUGCAAGGCACGGCACACCAGAGCCUGGAUUCAUCACACCACAGUUGGGGUACAUUUUUUAAGAGACAUGGUCAGGGCAAACCAGCGUUCAAGCCAGACGAGAACGAACUUCCCUCUCUAACUGUUCGCUGGGGCGCUUUCAAAAUGGGCAGUCCUGAAGGGAUCACUGACACAGAUAGCAAGAGCAAAUCACCCAACCCGGCUUUGUACAAGACAAGAACAUUUCGCCGGGGAUCUUUCUGCCAGAUGACACCAGGUAUAGUAGAUUCAAAAUAA